AUGGUCUCUACUGAGCCCCAUCUCAACUUUCGCUCUUUCGUCGAAGCCCUCAAGGCCGACAACGACUUAGUCGAAAUCAAUACUCCCAUCGAUGCCAAUCUCGAGGCUGCGGCUAUCACCCGUCGUGUCUGUGAGACAGACGAUAAAGCCCCCCUCUUCAACAACAUCAUUGGCUCCCAGCAUGGUCUCUUCCGUAUCCUCGGUGCCCCGGCCUCGCUGAGGAAAUCCUCUAAAGACCGCUAUGGCAGGUUGGCACGUCAUCUAGCUCUCCCACCCACUGCGUCUAUGCGUGAUAUCCUCGACAAGAUGCUCUCCGCUAGCACGAUGGCUCCUAUCCCCCUCAAGUCUUGGAGACAGGAGAACUUCCUUGAAGGCGACCAGAUUGAUCUGACAAAGAUCCCUGCACCUAUGAUUCACCAGCAUGAUGGUGGAAAGUAUAUUCAGACGUAUGGUAUGCAUAUCGUCCAAUCGCCCGAUGGAUCGUGGACGAAUUGGUCCAUUGCACGUGCCAUGGUCUCUGAUGAGCGACAUCUUGCCGGCCUUGUGAUUGAACCUCAGCACCUCUGGCAAAUUCACCAGAUGUGGAAGAAAGAAGGUCGUGAUGUUCCUUGGGCUCUGGCUUUCGGUGUUCCACCUGCUGCCAUCAUGGCUUCUAGUAUGCCCAUCCCGGAUGGUGUCAGUGAGGCUGAAUACGUUGGUGCGAUGACUGGAUCUGCCCUCGAGCUCGUCAAAUGUGAUACAAAUAACCUGCUCGUUCCGGCAACCUCAGAAAUUGUCUUCGAGGGUACCCUCUCGAUCACUGAUCAGGCUCCUGAAGGACCAUUCGGCGAGAUGCAUGGAUAUGUCUUCCCUGGCGAUACGCAUCCUUGGCCUAAAUAUACAGUCAACAAGAUCACCUACCGCAAUGAUCCCAUCAUGCCCAUGUCUGCUUGCGGUCGCCUGACAGAUGAAACGCACACACUGAUCGGCUCCCUCGCCGCCGCUGAAAUUCGCAAGCUCUGCCAACAGAACAAUCUCCCUGUCACAGACGCCUUUACCCCCUUCGAGUCCCAAGUCACCUGGGCAGCCCUUCGUAUCGAUACAGCCCGUCUCCGCGAAAUGAAAACCACCUCCGUCGAGCUGAGAAAGCAAGUCGGUGAUUUGGUCUUCAACAACAAACCAGGCUAUACCAUCCACCGAAUCGUCCUUUGCGGUGAUGAUAUCGACGUUUACAACGGGAAGGAUGUGAUGUGGGCUUUCUCAACCAGAUGCCGACCCAGCUCCGAUGAGACCUUCUUUGAGGAUGUUCGCGGUUUCCCGCUCAUUCCGUAUAUGAGUCAUGGUGCUUUUUCUCCGAAUCGUGGUGGAAAGGUUGUAUCAGAUGCCCUUCUGCCUUGUGAGUAUACGACUGGUAGGGAUUGGGUAUCUGCGGACUUUGAGCAGUCUUAUCCUGAGGAGUUGAAGAAGAAGGUCCUGGAUAAUUGGACUCAGAUGGGAUUCCGUGAAGAGUGA